CGGCAGGCGGGGUGCAGGCGUGGGCUUUGUGGGUGCGGCCCCAUCCCUGGUGUCUGUGUUUCAGGGCUUGAAGACACCGGAGUCUGCCGCCCGGAUUCCAUGCGGGGCCGGGACUGACGUGCCAGAGCCAGGGCGGCUGAGCACGCUGGACGCGCCGCGGUCGCCUCCUCGCAGCCCGCGGGAGCACCAUGAGCACGCGAAAGCGUCGUGGCGGAGCAGCCGGCUCUAGACAAGCUCAGAAGAGAACGCGGGAAGCGGCCUCCGCCCCCGAGAUGGCCUUGGAAGCACAGCCCAUCGAGCUGGUGGAGAGCGCCGGAGACGAAAUCGUGGACCUCACCUGUGAGUCUCUUGAGCCCGUGGUCGUCGACCUGACCCACAACGACUCCGUGGUGAUUGUCGACGNAAGGAGGCGGCCCAGGCGGAACACGAGGCGGCCUCGCCAGGACCCUGCUGACAGCUGCGUGGUGAGCAGCGACGAGGAAGAGCUGUCCCGGGACAGAGACGUGUAUGUCACCGCCCGCUCUGCCAGAAACGCCCGGGAAGAGGGGGCCCCAGGACUCAGGCCUUCCGGUACCGUCAGUUGUCCGAUCUGCAUGGACGGCUACUCAGAGAUUGUGCAGAAUGGCCGCCUCAUUGUGUCCACGGAGUGCGGCCACGUCUUCUGCAGCCAGUGUCUCCGCGACGCGCUCAAGAACGCUAACACUUGCCCAACAUGCAGGAAAAAGAUCAGCCACAAGCGAUACCACCCCAUUUAUAUAUGAAGAGUGACAGCUGCCCUGGGA